AGUCAGCAUCCCAUGUGUGUUUAAUUUUAGCUUGUUUUAUGUGAUCAUGUGAUGACGAAGAAAACGUGAUGAUAAUUCUGAAGUAAUUGUGUGUUAUUUUCUGUAGUGGUAUCAUGAGGCCGGGACUGAACGCCAUAUUAGGAGCCACCGGGAGCGGGAAAUCAUCGUUUCUGGACGUUCUGGCUGCUCGUAAGGAUCCUUCUGGUCUCUCUGGAGAGGUUCUUAUAGACGGAGCUCCACAACCUCCAAACUUCAAAUGUCUGUCUGGAUACGUAGUGCAGGAUGACGUGGUCAUGGGGACGCUGACGGUUCGUGAGAAUCUGCGUUUCUCGGCGGCUUUACGGCUCCCGAGGUCGAUCCGUCAGAGAGAAAAAGAUGAGAGGGUUGAGAAACUCAUUCAGGAGCUGGGAUUGAGCAAAGUGGCCGAUUCACGGGUGGGCACGCAGCUGAUUCGUGGCAUUUCAGGUGGAGAGAGGAAGAGGACGAACAUCGGCUUGGAGCUGAUUAUUAAUCCACCAGUGCUUUUCCUGGACGAACCCACCACCGGCCUGGACGCCAGUACGGCCAAUUCCGUCCUCAUGCUGCUCAAGAGAAUGGCGAACAGCGGUCGCACCAUCAUCCUGUCCAUCCAUCAGCCGCGCUACUCCAUCUACCGGCUGUUUGACAGCCUCACGCUGCUGGUGGGAGGAAGGAUGGUGUAUCAUGGGCCGGCUCAGGACGCCCUGAACUACUUCAGUCAGAUCGGAUACACCUGUGAACCUCAUAACAACCCUGCUGAUUUCUUCCUGGAUGUGAUCAAUGGAGACUCCACUGCCGUCGCUCUCAACAAGACAUACGAAAAUGAGGAACUGGACCAUGAGCAGCUAAGUUCAUCUCUGAAGGGCAUCGAGGAUCGUUUAGUGGAGGAAUACAAGAACAGCAUCAACUACAAACAGACCAGAAGCGAGCUGGAGCGAAUCGUUCAGGGACAGGACUACAGCACACGGCCCAAAUCCAGAACCAUCACCUACAGCACGUCCUUCUUUCACCAGUUCAAAUGGGUCCUCAAGAGAACCUUCAAGAACCUCAUGCUGAACCCACAAACCUCAGUCGCUCAGAUCGGGGUGAUGAUUUUCCUGGCUCUGGUUACCGGAGCCAUAUUUUUUGGAGUGAAGGGGAAUUCCAGCGGCAUUCAGAACAGGAUGGGUGCACUGUUCUUCAUCACCACCAAUCAGUGCUUCAGCUCUGCUUCCUCAGCUGAACUCUUCAUCACAGAGAGGAAACUGUUUGUGCACGAGUACAUCAGCGGCUACUACAGAGUGUCGGUGUACUUCCUGUGUAAGAUCCUGUCUGACAUCCUGACUCUACGCACUAUCCCGGCCAUCAUCUUCAGCUGCGUGGCGUACUGGAUGAUCGGAUUAAAGGCGACAGUGGAGGCGUUCUUCAUGUUCCUGUUCUCCAUCAUUCUGGUGUCGUACACGGCCACGUCCAUGACUCUGGCCAUCUCUGCUGGUCAGACGGUGGUAGCCAUCGCUAACAUCUUCAUGACCAUCAGCUUUGUCUUUAUGAUGAUCUUCUCAGGGUUGCUGGUGAAUCUGCCCAGUAUUGCUGCCUGGUUGAACUGGUUGAAGUAUCUGAGUAUUCCUCGUUAUGGUCUUGCUGCUUUGGAAAUCAAUGAGUUCACUGGGCUGAGGUUCUGUGACCUGAGGAACAUAAGUGGCACCGUAGGAGAAGUCUGUUCCACAGGCGAGGACUUUCUGAGUGAACAGGGCAUUGAGUACUCAACCUGGGGUUUGUGGCAAAAUCAUUUGGCUCUGGGAAUCAUGACCCUCAUCUUCCUCAUCAUCGCUUACCUCAAGCUGCGCUUCAUCAAAAAAUUCACCUAAACACACUCAUGCUCAUCCUCACACACUCCCACAACAUCCACCAAACCCAACAUAUUACACACACUGGCUAAUCAAACACUCAAUCACCAUAUGCAAAAGGAAAUCAUACAAAUACACAUCUUACAGACAAACCAACACCUCAAAUAUUGACUUUGCUCAGGUUCAUUUAUCUCUACCUUCUACACCAAACAUUUCUCUUCAAAUUGCUGUUUGCCUUACAUUCCUGAUAGUUCACAUUACAUAGAUAUGGCAAUAUGGAGCUGCUACUGUUUCAUACCUCUUCAAUGAGUUCUGUUUGCUGUAUGUUUUUGUAGCUUUCUUUCUAUAUUUUAUUCAUAGAAAUUACUUUUGUCAUUUGUACUACACCAACAAUUCAUAAAAAUGAUUCUUUCAACUA